CCAUGACCUAUUCUACGUUCUUUUAUUAGAUUACCUGUCAAUAGUGCAUCUGUUUCCGGGUAGGCCUGUAGCUACCUUAUAAAUAUAUUGUACAACGUUUAUUAAUUAACAGCAGCUAUCAUUGCAAAGCAGCCACUGACUGUGAAGAAUGCCAGAACACUCCCCUUCACCAACACCUGAACGUGCCAUCUAUGGAUUUGUCUUGUAUCUGUUAGCUUUUGUUUUGUUUUUUUUUUACCUUAUAUGGGCGUGGAUACCUGAUGCCUGGCUACACCAACUUGGACUUGACUACUGGCCGCAGAAACAAUGGGCGAUAGCGUUGCCUACAUUCCUUUGUUUCUGCUUCCUGAUGAGCUAUCCUGUCUACUUUGGAUUGACGUUCUUGAACUCGCCACCUCUAACAUCAAGGGAGGUAAUCAAAGAUAGUCACACCAUAACACUGACGGGCAAGAUUUAUCCUCCCGAGUCCAUUCCUCCACUCUCAGAUCUCUCCAUAACAGAGGUCAACAAGAGGCUGUAUCUACAUGAUUCAUGACAUUAGGGUCAAAGGUUAUCUGGCCAUUGUCCCUGACCUUCCCAUGGUCAACAAGUGGCUGCAGAAUGACAGGUUAAAAGUCACCAGACACACGAUCCUGACCAGCCCACAGUCAACAAAUGACUGCAGAGUCACAGGCCAAGUGUCAUAGGUCACGUAUAUCGGAUUCUGUCUUUACCAUGGUCAACAUGUGGCUGCAGAAUGACAGGGUCAAAGGUCACUAGAUACAUGAUGCCGACCUUACCAUGGUCAACAGGCGACUGCAAAAUGACAUUAAGUAAUAAGGUCAGAGGUCAUUAGAGAUCUAAUUCUGAAUUUUCUGUGGUCAACCAGUUCCUAAUAAGUGACUCAAAUAUAGGUUCAAAGAUCACAAGAAUUAUUAUUUUAUUUUUACAUUAACAUCAAUAGGGUCAAAGGUUACUAAAGAUAUGAUCUAUCCCUGGUCAUCUAGUGGUGGCCUAUUGAUAUACACAUCUGUACCUCAAUAGGGUCAGAGGUAAAAAUAAAACAAACCCUCAGCAAAUGAGUGUAUAUUUAUUGUAUUUACCUUAUCUGUAUUGAUAAGUCAUUCUGUCAAAGGUCACCUGACCGGUGAUCAAUCAAUUAAAAAUAAAUAUAUUUAUAAAAUAA